AUGAAGAUUCAUCUCUUUUUCUUUAUUCUGCUCCUUUGGGUCACAAUAUUACCAGCCAGAACUAACAUGUCACCAAAGUACAGACUAGAGAGAUGUGAAAAAGUGCGAGGCAUGUGUAAGACCUACUGUGAUGAUGAUGAGUAUGAUUUCGGAUACUGCAUCAAAUGGAGGAACCAGUGCUGCAUAUGA